AUGGCUGGUGGUGGUAUUGGCUCCACCCCUCGCAAGGGGAAGGAAUAUCCCGGAAAAUUGACGGCACACGUGAUUGUCACGUGUGUUGUCGCGGCCAUGGGUGGCCUUAUUUUUGGUUACGAUAUUGGAAUUUCCGGUGGUGUGACAUCUAUGGAUUCUUUCUUGGAGAAGUUCUUCCCAUCCGUGUACCGGAAAGAGAAAGCGGACAAGUCGACGAAUCAGUACUGCAAAUUCGACAGCGUGCCGCUGACUCUGUUCACGUCGUCGCUGUACUUGGCGGCGCUGGCUUCUUCCAUUGUGGCUGCGACGGUCACCCGAAAACUCGGGAGGAAGCUCUCAAUGCUUUUCGGUGGCGUGCUUUUCUGCACGGGUGCUCUGAUCAACGGCUUUGCUUACUCUGUCUGGAUGCUCAUUCUCGGCCGCCUUCUUCUUGGAGCUGGAAUCGGCUUUGCCAAUCAGUCGGUACCACUCUACCUUUCAGAGAUGGCUCCGUACAAAUACAGAGGCGCAUUGAACAUCGGCUUCCAGCUGUCGAUCACGACGGGCAUCCUCGCCGCAAACGUGCUCAACUACGGGUUUGCGAAGAUCAAGGGAGGGUGGGGCUGGCGGCUUAGCUUGGGCGGCGCGAUGGUCCCGGCUCUCAUCAUCACGGUCGGAUCACUCGUCCUCCCAGAGACGCCCAACUCCCUCAUUGAGCGCGGGAGUCAAGAAAAAGCCCGCGCCGAGUUGAGAAAAAUACGCGGUGUCUCUGACGUGGACGAGGAGUUCGACGACCUGGUGGCGGCGAGUGUCGCCUCCAAGAAGGUGGAGGACCCCUGGAGGAACCUCCUCCAGAGGAAGUACCGGCCCCACCUCACCAUGGCCGUCAUGAUCCCGUUCUUCCAGCAGUUUACCGGGAUCAACGUCAUCAUGUUUUACGCUCCCGUGUUGUUUAAGACCAUCGGGUUCGGCGCCUCUGCCUCUUUGAUGUCGGCUAUUGUCACGGGCGCUGUCAACGUUGUCGCGACGUUGGUUUCAAUCGUCACUGUUGAUCGUUGGGGGCGACGCUUCCUUUUCCUCCAGGGUGGAAUCCAAAUGCUUAUAUGUCAGGUUGCUGUAGCCAUCCUCAUUGGGAUGAAAUUUGGGGUGGAUGGAAACCCGGGGCAGCUGCCCAAGUGGUACGCGGGCGUGGUGGUGAUGUUUAUUUGCGUCUAUGUGGCUGGGUUCGCGUGGUCGUGGGGACCGCUGGGGUGGUUGGUGCCUAGUGAGAUUUUCCCGCUCGAGAUCCGGUCAGCGGCCCAGAGUUUGACCGUUGGGGUCAACAUGAUCUUCACUUUUAUUGUGGCUCAGGUGUUUUUGUCUAUGCUAUGCCACAUGAAGUUCGGGUUGUUCUUGUUUUUUGGAUUCUUCGUGCUGGUGAUGACCUUCUUCGUAUACUUUUUACUGCCUGAGACAAGGAAUGUUCCGAUCGAGGAGAUGGCGAUGGUGUGGAAGAACCACAAGUUCUGGUCGAGAUUCAUGGAGGAUGAUAAUGAAAUCGAUCAACAAAGAGAGUGACUCGGAUUAUUUGGAUGUGAACCAAAAUAUAUUUGAUGUUUUUCAAACUCAAUUGGUGUGAGAUUCUAUUGUUAAAUUUCACUUAUUUUUUAAUCUUGAGAAAUGGUGUAUAAUAUUUAGUUAUUGUACGAGGAAUAUUGUAUGGUCCCAUUGUAAUUUGAUUUACGAUUGUGUUUUUA